AUGGAGGUGAAAUCAGAGAGCUGGCGACAGUUACCCGAGUCCUACAGAAGACCGGGCAGAAGAUCAGCCAGUAGAACCCCGGGAUGGAGACGAUCAGGGGACGAGGGCUACUGGGAGCAACUGGCGGCCGAGGUGGAGGUGUUGCCUUGCGCCCCCAGACCCCAGAGCUGCAUCAUGGGUGUCGGGGUGGAGGGGUGGCUGCGGCAGCUGGAGAGGGCGCAGAGUCGCCCUUUAGGUGCCCCCGUCUGCGGCAAGGUGCCACCUCUCUCAGACAGGACGGUAUCUAUGCCCACACUGCAAAGAGGGGCCAUCAACUCGACCCCUUCGCGCACUGAGACCUACCGGCGAUAUCCAGUCGUCCCCCCACCCUACGUCCAGGACUCGACCUCACAGAGGACCGCCAGCUGGUACGAGACCCCUCCGAGCAGCGAGGAGGAGUUCUUCACACCCGUUCGGUACCGAAUGCCGGAUCCCUCAGGCCAGUGGGAGACGGCCCACUUCAGGUGCGCCCCCAGGUCUGAGCAGGUGAGAUUCUCCACGCUGGCUCCCAUUAAGAAUGGCUGGCUGCCGAUCCAGAGACAGGCAGUGGUGUGUGACAUCACCUGCCAUGCCUCCAGACCAGAGGAUUCACCCCACCAGGAUCAAUAUGACCCUUACAUCAAUACUGUUAUCACCCCGAAUUAUCUAAACAAUAAUGGGUUUGGAUAUACAGAUGACAUGGAAAUAGGUAGCAACACUGUCAUGGCAAAUCAUACGGAUCCCAGUACCUGGAUGCGCUCAGGCCAGACCUUACCUGACGUCAAGCAGGCGUCCGGCAGGAACAGCUUGGCUUUGGCGGAGGGUGAUUUGCCACUCGACCAGGGGUGUCAGCGGACAGAACGAGAGGACAGGAAAAUGGCAUUUCUCUUUAAUGAGGUUCCGUCCAAUGUUUAUAGGAGCAAGGAGCAUGCGGCACCCUGCAGGAACCCGCUUGUUAGAACAAUCAGCGCUCCUGUUCGUUCAUAUGCAACAGUGCCCCCUGCUGACAUGGAGGGGCCAACCAAGAUGAGAACGGAUUUCUCCUCUGUUACUGUCCAAACCCAGAGGAACUCCAGAUCCCCAAUGGUGCCCUCUGACCUUUGUGCCGUGACCCCAUCCAAUGUGUCCAGAAGCGCCACCCCCAAAAACCUUGAUAAUCCGCCAACAAAUCCAGCCUCCAAGCCAGUCAUGCACAGAAGGCGGGCCUCCGUGAUAAAAGUGGCUGAAAGUGGGCAAAACUCCUAUGCAGGGGAGACCGUUACCAGAGGAAGACCGCCAAACUUCAGAUAUAGCUACACUGAGGGAGGGGACAAAGAAAACACCCCUUCCCAGUUCUGGCUGCAGGGUGGUGGAGAAUCUGUGGUCUCCUCUUCCCCUGGUGCCUGUCCUGAAGUACCGGCAAGGUUUGCCAGCACUGCCCCACACCUGGACAGGCUCUGA